AUGCCCCUGGGCGGCUGCCCAUGUCGCCUCUGUGUCUAUGGCGUGCAGCUCACCAUCUGCAUUGUUUGUGAUACCGGGAGCACGUCAGCUGGUGGUCUCUUCACAGAGAGCUACUGUAACAUCUGCAAUGCUCAACUCAUCUCAGAGUCUCAACGCAAGGCACACUACGAGAGUAAGAAACAUGCUAACAAGGUCCGUCUCUUCUACAUGCUUCACCCUGAGGACGGAGGACCUCCCUCCAAGAGACUGAGACCUGACAACGCUGAUAGUGAGGAGACAGCUGUGGAUGAUAACAAUUGUUGUAGUCUGUGUAACAUGUUCUUUACCUCAGCCAUAGUGGCCCAGUCCCACUACCAGGGAAAGACUCAUGCUAAGAGCGUCAAACGAGUGUUGGGCUCCUCACCUACUAUUUCUACUACCCCUCCCACAGACUCCUCCCCCAGUUCAUCCGACACGCACCCUCUGCCAAUCCUGCCUCCCCCAGCCCCUCCCAUUACCUGGCUAGUGACCAAUGGCAACACAGCGUGUAGGUCGUGCUUCCUGUGUGGGGCAUGGUUCAACAACCCAGCGAUGGCCCAGCAGCACAACGAGGGGAAGAAGCACCGGCGGAACGCAGCCAGGAGACAACUACUGGAACAACUAGCUGAUAACCUGGACAGCAACCAGAACACAGGUUAG